AAACGUAUUUCAUGAAAGAGUUUGGAGUGUAGACUAGUCACACAGUGAAAAUGGCAGCGUCCUGUGACCUGGCAACUGCGGCUGCAAGUGGCGAUUUAAAUCUUGUUAAGAGAUUGGUUCAUGAUGGAGCAGAUGUAAAUAAGAAGUCACGUGACGGCUUUACUCCUCUGUGCAAUGCAGCAUUCUGGGGCUACAGCCAUGUAGCAGAGUACCUUAUACAGCAUGGAGCUGAUGUGAACCUUAGCAAUGGAGGUACUCUAUGGACACCCUGCCACUGUGCAGCAUUCCAGGGACAUGGUAAAGUUUUGAUGAAACUCCUGGAGGCCAAGCCUAACCUCAGCUUGCAAGACAACAGAGGAAGAACUGCUGCUGAUUUUGCCUCGGCAAUGGAAGCGAUCUGGCCGUUCUUUGCCACGGAAGGAUGUAAACGAACCUCAAAGGCUGAACUUGUCAGACUAGACAUUGUUAAAAAGGUUAAGGAUUAUGACCCUACCAUGCCAUCAUCAGACUAUGCUCAUUUCUCCAGACCAGGAUCAGCUUACGUCAUGAAGUCACAACCUAUGAGGGCCAACGAUAACAUGGACUACAAAAGGAGAAUGGCUGAGGAUGGUGACGUGCUCUCAAUCGAGGAGGAAGUCCAAGAUUUAUCGCUGAACAACUCCAAUCCUUCAUUUAACAUAUGGAGAAGAUGAUACUAACUCAAAGACUGGUGUAAUAAGAAAGAUGCAA